GCCCCCUUCUUUCCCUUCCAGAAGGAGCGUGGUGAAGAUGGCGGCGCAGAGCUCGACGCCGAGUGAUCUUUAUAAAUGUGUUUAUUCCUUCCUGCUGCAGAACAAGUUCACCAAAGCGGCGCAGCAGUUCCUCAAGCAGACCAAAGUGACUCCACAGGAUGAGAAUGAAGAGAGUCUUGUCGGGAUCUACAACUUCUGGGUGAAGUCUCCUGAAGCUAAGAAAAGGAAAGCUCCUUCCAGCACGGCUGAAGCUACAAACGGUCCUUCAGCCAAAAAGGCAAAAAAGAGCCAAGAGACUUCCAGCAGCGAGGAAUCGAGCAGCGAGGAUGAAGAAGCAAAACCAACCAAGGCAGCCCCUGCAGCUGCCAAGGUUGUGCCUGCUAAAGCUGCAGCGAGCAGCAGUGAAGACUCCAGUGACUCUGAGGAGGAGGAGGAGGCACCUGCAACUCCUGCAAAGACUCCUGUGAAGCCAGCUGCUGCUCCUGCUGCUGCAGCGAGCACGAGGAAGAAAGACAGCAGCUCCAGUAGUGAAGAAUCUGACUCUGAGGAUGAGCAGCCCGCCAAAGCUCCUGCAGCAAAACCUAAGGCAGCUGCUGUCACUACACCAAAACCAGCCGCUAAAGCUGCAGCUCCAAAAAAGCAGGAGAGCAGCAGUGAUGACUCGUCAGACUCUGAAGACGAAGAGCCGGCUAAGACUCCAGUCAAAGCUGCUCCAGUCAAAGCAGCUCCUGUGAAGCCUGCAGCUGCAGCUGAGUCGAGCAGUGAGGACUCUUCGUCUGAAGAUGAGGCUCCACCAAGCAAGAAACCCAAAGCAGGAGCGUACAGUGCCGUCCCUCCUCCGGCCUCCGUGCAGAAAGCUCCAGCUGCUCCGGCGGCCAGUAAGGCCAAAGACGGCAGCUCCUCGGACAGCAGUGAUGACAGCAGUGACGAGGAAGCAGAGAAGAAAGUAGCUGUGAAACCUGCAGCCGUAAAGACCCCCGCUGCCAAACCUGAAACACCCAAACCUGCUGCAAAGAAGGCUGAGUCCAGCUCUGACAGCUCAGAUUCAAGCUCGGAUGAAGAGGAGGCAAAGAAGCCUGCAGCCAAAGCAGCCCCCGCUAAACCUGCACCAGCCAAGGCUGCACCCGCUAAAAAGGAGGACUCGGACUCAGACUCAUCGAGCUCAGAGGAGGAAGAGGAGGUGAAGAAACCUGCAGUGAAGGUGACUCCUGCUAAGGCUGCUCCUGCUAAAGCUGCGGCGGCUAAAGAAGACUCCUCAGACGAUGAUUCCAGUUCAGACGAGGAGGAGACGGCUAAGAAGACCCCGGCUAAACCUGCACCUGCCAAGACUACCGCGGCUAAACCUGCACCUGCCAAGACUACCCCGGCUAAGAAAGAUGACUCAUCAAGCUCAGAAAGCAGCUCUGAAGACGAGGCUCCUGCAAAACCUGCCACUAAAGCUGCAGCUCCACCGAAAGCUGCUGCUGCGAAACCUGCAGCCAAGAAAGCAGAGAGCAGCUCUGACUCAGACGACUCAUCUGAGGACGAACCAGAGAAAGCCAAACCAGUGGCUAAACCAGCUACCCCAGCUUCAAAACCUGCAACUGUUACAAAGGCUGCAGCAGAGAGCAGUUCAGACUCUUCCUCUGAGGAUGAGGAAGAGGCACCUAAAGCUAAACCUGCAGCAGCAAAACCAGCAACACCGGCCUCAAAGCCUGCAACCCCUGCAGCCAAGGCUGCAGCUGCAGCAGAGAGCAGCUCAGACUCUGAUUCUUCUGAAGAUGAAGAGGCACCAGUCAAGGCUAAACCUGCAGCAGCUAAACCAGCAACACCAGCUUCAAAACCUGCAACACCAGCAGCCAAGCCUGCAGCGGCAGAGAGCAGCUCAGACUCUGAUUCUUCUGAAGAUGAAGAACCGGUCAAAGCUAAACCUGCUACACCGGCCUCAAAGCCUGCAACCCCUGCAGCCAAGCCUGCAGCAGCAGAGAGCAGCUCAGACUCUUCCUCUGAGGAUGAGGAAGAGGCACCUAAAGCAAAGCCAACAGCAGCUAAACCAGCCACACCGGCCUCAAAACCUGCAACUCCCGCAGCCAAGCCUGCUGCUGCUGCAGAGAGCAGCUCAGACUCUGAUUCUUCUGAAGAUGAAGAACCAGUCAAGGCUAAACCUGCAGCUGCAAAGCCAGCUUCAAAACCUGCAACUCCUGCAGCAAAGCCUGCUGCAGCAGAGAGCAGCUCAGACUCUUCCUCUGAGGAUGAGGAAGAGGCACCUAAAGCAAAACCUGCAGCUGCUAAACCAGCCACACCGGCCUCAAAACCUGCAACUCCUGCAGCCAAGCCUGCAGCUGCAGCAGAGAGCAGCUCAGACUCUGAUUCUUCUGAAGAUGAAGAGGCACCAGUCAAGGCUAAACCUGCAGCAGCUAAACCAGCCACACCGGCCUCAAAGCCUGCAACUCCUGCAGCCAAGCCUGCUGCAGCAGAGAGCAGUUCAGACAGCUCUGACUCUGAGAAUGAGGCGGCCAAGAAAAAAACUCCAGCAGCAGUGGCAAAGAAAGCUGCCCCUGCUGUUGCAAAGGCUCCUGCAGAUUCUAGUGAUGACAGCUCUAGUGAGGAGGAGGAACCUAAGAAGGCAGCGCCGCCACCACCAAAGCCUGCAGCCACAAAGCCGGCUGCAGUUCCCAAAAAGAAAGCAAAGGAGGAGAGCAGCUCAGACUCUUCAGACAGCUCCGAUUCAGAGACCGAGACAAAGUCGACGCCUGCCAAGCCGGCUGUCGCCAACGGCAAGGCAGCAACACCCAAAGCAGCCACCCCAGCAGCUAAGACCCCCGCCGCCAAACCGGCUGAGUCGUCAUCCAGUGACAGCAGCUCAGAGGAGGAAGAAGAGGCCGGUGCUGCAAAACCUGCAAAACCUGCAGCUGCUGCAACACCCAAGACCACCCCAGCAGCUAAAGCUAAAGAGAGCAGCAGCUCGUCGGACAGUUCAGAGGAGGAGGAAGCCCCUCCCAAAGCAGCCACGGCUCCCUGCACCCCCAUACAGAAUGGUACCAACGGAAAGAGAAAACGAGACGAGGAAUCCUCUGAAGGUGACGACGAAGACGAAGAAGAAGAAGUGAACACACCAAACAACAAAAUAACAUCGACCACCCCACAGACGUUUCCUAAAGCCAACAAGAAGUCCAACAUACCGUUCCGCAGAAUAAGAGAGGAAGACGUAGAAGUGGACCCCCGACUAGCAGACAACUCUUUUGAUGCAAAGUACGGAGCGACGGGGGAUUGGGGCCAGAAAGCCAACGACGUGCUCAAGUUCACAAAAGGAAAAUCAUUCCGCCACGAGAAGACGAAGAAGAAGAGAGGAAGCUACCGCGGCGGCGCCAUCUCCACCACCGUUAACUCUAUAAAGUUUGACAGCGACUGAAGACUCGAUCCGACCCCCCCCCCCCCGAUCCCUCACACCUGAACUCUACUGCACCUCUGUGAUCCUGGACUAUCAGUUUCCUCUUCACAGUCCCUCAAUCAUCAUCAUCAUCAUCAUCUUCAACCAGCAGAGGACUCUGGGAGGCGUGUGACCCGCAGAGCGCUUGUGUUUAGGUAGCAGCCCUUUGGUUGUCAUGGAGACCGUUUCUUUGUUCUUUAACCUGCAGCCACAGUUUGUGUAACUGCAGGAGAGAGAGAGAUGUUCCCCGCUGUGAUUUCAAAUAUCAACGUGACAUUACCACUUAUAGCCACUAGGUGGCUGCAGGCCGCCUGUAAAUGGUGGACAGAGUUUAAGUUGGCCCCUCCCCUUCUUUGGUAUUUUCCCCUUUAACCUCACAUGACGAGUGUUAGCUCUUUGUUUUCAUCAGUCUGAGUUUGUACCACAGCCGACCAUCCGGAGCCGUUUCUUUAAGAUGUGGAGGAAAAGGCUGACAUUAAUCUUUUCUUUAAUAGAUUCUCAAGGUUUGUUUUGGCCGUUUUGUCAGUUUUUCUUUGGCUUCUGUGUGCUGACUGUUUGUCCCCGGGUUGUUUCCUCUUCACGUUAAAUGAACAUUCAGAGAGUAGAGUUUUAUACUGUGUAUUUAUUACGUUUUAUUCCAGCUCAACUUUAAGGACCUUUAAAAGCCAUCUUGAAAUAUUCUCUGUGAAGCAAAGCCUCCUCCCCGAUCUGUUCAUCCGUGGUUAAGUUUCUCUCCCAACUUCAGCAGAGCGCCAUGUUUGUUUCAGUUACUUGAAUCGACUGGAUGAACUUUUGUGUACCUCUAAUUUUUUUUAUUAAUUCUUGUAGCGGUGAAUAAAAGUCUGACAGAUUAAACGA